AUGAUAAAACCCAAGUCCAAACACACAAUUAGACACAUCUUGGAACUGCCAUCCGGUUCGCCGCCGUCCAAACGUCCUGCCGCCAAACCACCAGACGCAGUGCCAUGGGUGAAGCGAAGAAAACUUAUCCUUCCACCAGUCAACAAACAGGUGGGUGAAACCGUUGUUUUUCUGAUAUAUUUACCGCCAUCUAGCGUUUUAUUCUAGCGUAAUAUUUAGCGCCAUCUACAGGUAUAAUAUUUCGCGUUAUUGUCAAUGGUUUUCGCGAUCCAUGCUACAGCGGCAUCUAUGGGCGCUUUACAGUUUCAUGUUUACCGUUUUAUUAUACAACUAGAGAGCAGCACGCUGUUCAAAAUUGACUUAAAAUAUUUGACAUUUUUAUCUCAAUAACUCUUCGGUCCUUGAUAAAUUAUUGAGGUGUUUGGGUAAUUUUCUGUUAGUUUCCGUAAACAAGUUUUACAUAUAAUAUUAAUACUGUAAUGUUAAAGGUAAGUUACUAAAAUUCAUUAACAAUAUUUAAAAUAUAACUAUUAGUUAUAUUAUAAUUUAGAUAAUAGGUAUAUAAUAUACACUGGGUAAUAGAUAUUAUAUGAUUAUAUCAUUAUUUGUGUUGAAUUUACUAUUUUUUAAAUAAAACUUCUAAAUAAUAUUAUUUUACUCGAAUGUGUAAUGAUAAAAUAUGUAAGGUUCUUUCGAUUCUCAAAUACUAUAAUGGUAUCUAUGGUAUCAAUAUGAUUGUCUUUACUGGUGUGUAAUUAUUAAGACUUUGUAAUACCUGAUUGACAUUAUACAAAGUACUAUUUUUAAAAAAUCAAAAAUGUUUUUGUAAAGUUCAAAGUUCAAUUUAUUUAUUUUAACUAAACAUUAAAGGUUCUAAAUCAAAUGCCUAUUAAAAGCAUCGAUAUUUUCUAAAAAAACAUAGAUUUCAGCGUUUUGCAAUAUUAUUAUUUGAUAAUGCUUUGUCAAACGACUCAAACGUGUUUAUUAAACUAAAAGGAAAUUUCUUUUAUAUUCAUGCCGUGCAAAUCAUUCAAAUUGAAAAAUAAAAAGAGAGCUGAUUGUCCUGUUGGGUUCGUCACCGUUGUAGAUGGAGAGUUGGCAAGGUAG